CAAGUGGUUGCGAUGGCUGUGAAGAAAUGAAAUUUAGUUCGUAUUUUUGCCCUAACAAGAGAUGAUUCACGUGCAGGGCGGUAAAAUUCAAUUUUAAAUGCUAUUUAUUAACAGUGGAAUUUGUUGUAAGUGUACUAUUUGAGGGCAUCUUGGCUAUGAAAGAGUUUAACUCAGCGAUCGAGUAAUCAACUGCUAAAAAUCGACAUGGAAAUUGUUUCGUCUGGAAGUUUGGAGUCUAUAAGUCGACCUUCAAGUACAGCAAGCGAAAAGGGAAAGAAAUCCCAACUAAAGAGGUUACAGCCAUCCAGCUCCUUAGAAGUAUUGCCACCUGAAGAUGCUGGUGGUAUUCCAUCUGAGCUUUUCUCUGCUCUUGAGAAAGACGUCAACAUUGAGGACUUUGAAGAGACCGACAGUGAUCAUGAAUUGUCAGGAGAGGAAUCUGAUGAGGGUAGAGAAGGGAAUCGAUCGAGAGCCUCAACAACAGAACAAGAAGACAUACCAGCCCUUGAAGAUAGUGAUCCACAAAUACGAGAAGGAAUGGAACGAAUCAAGAAGCUGGAUAAAAUACUUGCAGACAAACUCAAGAAAGAAAAGGAAGUCAAAAGCCAAAGAGUUCAAAUGGAAAAAAUGUGGAAAGAGCAACUACAACAAAUGGUCAAAUCACAAGGGCAUGAUGGCACAAAUAACAACAAAAAUCUAAUUGGUGCUGCUCUGCUUGCUUUGGAACUUGGCAACGAAGACUCGUUAGGAUCAAGUAGAGAAGACCCUUCUACUCCUAUCUUUGCUACUCAACCUCUGGGGACUGAAGAGAAUUAUUAUCAGGCCAGCAACUCCACUACAGGCAACACAUCACGUGCUUCAUCCAGCGACAGCACUAAGAUAAACAAGAAAAAUAGAAAUAAAAAGCAAGAUAAAAGAAGAAAAAGUGCUCAAACAGAAUCAGAUAAGAAUGCCAAUAGGAAGCAGUCUAAGGGUAAAGAUAUGGGACUCGACUUUAUUGAAAGAAACAAAAAGCUUGCKGCAGAUGCUGCGAAUUUGAUUCCUAUGACUGAURAAGAGAAGGAGCGACUAGAAAAACUCUUAUCCGCAGAAACCAACGARAUGAUGGAUAAUCCCUUCAGUGACGAUGGUAAUCUUAGACUCACUCAAGGAGAUGGAUUUACUCCAGAUGUAGAAUCAGCUCGCGCUUUAGCUGAAAUAGAUAGGAAACUGGAAGCACUGGUACCGAACAACGAACUGGAGAUAAUGUCGUCACGUGCUCUCACAGAUACACCUUUGUCCAAAAUCUCAGAUGUUUCUAAAACAGACUCCGAUGUUAUUUCCCGACAAKCGAAAGAAAUUCUUGACGAUGUUGAUAUUGGUGAAAAAGUUCUUCGCGAAGAGAAGGAAUCAAGAGCACUGCACCAAAGAGUCGCUGACAUUGAAAAACAGCUUGAAGGCCUUAGACAGUUAUCAGAGGAUGAUACAGUUAACACAAUCUCCCAGGCAUUGUUAUCGAAGCUGCUAAACGAAAACUCGCGUACCACAUCGAGUAGUAGUACCAUAGCAGAGACGGUGGUUUCGUCCUUAACCACUCCAGACUUCCUCGCCAUUGAACCACCCGAUGCAAUUAGGASUGAUUCGGCUUUGAGUGACGUCACGCUUACUAGUGAUGUCACGAUUUCCAGUAACAUCACUUUGAACAAUGACCUCCUCAUUAUGGAUAUUGAGACUUCUCGAACCUUAACCGAUUCUUUAAACUCUUGAAUUCAGGAGGCUGAUAUCAUGUGUAAAGAUACCUUUAUAUAUA